AUGGAGUACCAGGUCGCAUCACCCACGUGGGAGGGAGGCCGAGGCGGACGGCGUGAGGCGCCCACGCUCCGUCCAGGCCGAGGCCAGACUACCCUCGGCACUGCCAGCCUUACCUCGGGCGACAUCUUGGAUUGGGCAAAGCAGGGGCAGGGGCAAGGCAGGGGCAGGGGCGCGAGGAGUGGGAUCCGCCACACGCGCGCGUCCCUCGUGCAGGAGAAGGCCUUCCUGCGACGGGGACGCUGUGUCGGCGUCAGAGGCAAUCAGGAUGAUGUAUUGGGCGAUAUCGACAGGAGAACGGGAGUCGUCCGCUUUGCCUUUAUUGUGCACGGUAUCCGCUCACUCGUUCAGAUUUAUGGCCUAUAUGACUACGAGGUGCUCCUGCGGAACUCGACCUUCUGCCUGGUGCCCCGCGGACGCCGCCUCGGCUCCUUCAGGUUCCUGGAGGUGCUGCAGGCCGGCUGCGUGCCCGUCCUGCUGGCCAAUGGCUGGGAGCUGCCCUUCAGCGAGGUCAUCGACUGGAGCCGUUCCGCCCUCUGGGCCGACGAAAGGCUCCUGCUGCAGGUCCCCGACAUGGUCCGCUCCAUCAACGCCUCCCAGAUCCUGCAGAUGAGGCAGCAGACGCAGCUCAUGUGGAACCAGUACUUCUCCUCCAUCCAGAAGAUCGUCUUUUCUACGCUAGAGAUAGUUGCAGAUAGAGUAAGGAGGCACAGGGCGAGGUCUCUGGCCGUGUGGAACUCCUCCCCGGGAUCUCUGGCGGUCAACCUCUCCUUCUCAGACUACCUGCCGCACUUCCCCUUCUACUUGACGUCGCUGGGCAUCAGUCCUAGCCCGAGGUACACGGCAGUCAUCUCAGUCACGCACGGGGGCACAGGUCUUACCCAGACGACGCCGCUGUACAAGCUGGUCAAGAACAUUGCCCGCAGCAAGUUUGUGGAAAAGAUAAUCGUGGUGUGGACGAGCAGCCAGACUCCCCCCACAGAGAACCGAAUACCGGGAGGGAGUGUCCCGGUGCACGUGGUUGUGCCCCCCGACCGCUCAAUCUCAGCCCGACAUCAGCCACAUCCACUCAUCACGACCGAUGCAGUUUUCUCACUAGAUGAGGACGUCACGCUAACCACAGAUGAGCUGGACUUUGCCUUUACAGUCUGGCGGACUUUCCCCGAGCGGAUUGUUGGCUACCCUGCCCGGUCUCACCACUGGGAUGAUGCCAAGGCUGGCUGGAGCUACACCAGCAGAUGGACCAAUUCGUACUCAAUGGUGCUGACUGGGGCUGCGGUCUAUCACCGUUACUGGCAGCAUGUGUACACUCACCAGUCACCAUCCGGUCUCCUCUCCACUGUAUCCACUACCAAGAAUUGUGAUGAUAUACUUAUGAAUUUCCUUGUAUCAGCUGUGAUCCGCCGGCCGCCCAUCAAGCUUACCCAGCGUAAACAAUACAAGGAUUAUUCCUCUGAAGCAAGAUGGGUGUGGACGGACCCCAGUCACUUCCACCAGCGCAGCGUCUGCCUGAACACAUUUGCUUCAUUAUUAGGUCAUAUUCCACUAAAACAUUCUAACUUACGCCUCGAUCCUGUGCUCUUCAAGGACAAGGUAUCCAUGCAAAGGAAAAAAUACAGACAGAUUGAAAAAAUAGGAAGCUAACAAUAGUAGCUAAUUAGGAAAUACUCGGUAUUUAUAUUGUUAUUAUUGUGCAUUUGUUUUUUUUUAACUUUUUUUCAAGUGUCACUUGUAACAGGUCAUAAAAAAGGUGUCUAGUUAAAACAGUGUGACUAAACUUUUUAUUAUCAAUUUCCUUAGCUUUGCAUAGACAUUUAUGAUACUUUGUUACCAUUUCAUUUUUUUUAAUCAGUGUGAUAGCUAGGGGAAGUUGUUCAAUGCAAUGUUCAUGAGUUAGUGUUAAUGUUAGAAGUUAAAAGUAGAUUCAUGGACUGAGCUCUGGUGCCCCAGAAAAUAAUAUGCUCUUUAAAAGAGCUUUGAUCCAUUCAGUUUUGGAAUGUAUUUCUAUGAACUUGACUGCAAGUAAGGAUAGCAUAGGACAUAUCAAAUGUGUGAUAUGAGUGAAGCUUGUUAUUAUUUUAUACACAUUAAUAUUUAGGUUUUCACAACAAUAAUUUGUCACAAAAUGAAUACUGUAAUCAUGCAAUGUAUCAUAUCAUUAUUAUAUUUGGCAAACUUUUAAGAAAAUGUAAAUAAAUUACUUUGUCUGAUUAAGCAGACCAGUCUAAUGUGAGUCAAUAGACAUUUGUCUAUUUUUAAUUCAUCUCAAUAUUUGGUGGAAUAGUCAUGUUUUACAUAGAAGGAGUCACUCGUUAUUAAUGGUGCCAUUUUAUUUUAGCUGCAUUUGUUAUUAUUAAUAAAGAUUAGUCAUAGCUAUUUUUAAGUUUCAGUCAGAAAAUUGUGCUCAAGUUUAAUUUCUUGGUUCAUUAUUGCAUACAAGAAGGAGUUGGAGCAAAAUACAUUGUGGCUUAGUGGAGGAUACAUGGCAUUCCUCAUAUACAACUGGUGGCUUCCAGCGACCAUCUUCCAGACCAUACGUUUAAAGUAACCUGGCGUGCCUAUAUCUCACACUAAAGCGGACAGGUCAGAUGUGUCGUGCAGUGGUCUCUGCUCCAGUCUUUCUAAAAGUUCCUGUAAACUGGUAGAGUAGAUGAGCUGAGCCUUGGGGUAAUGGGUUCUUGAAGGUGAGUUCGGGUUGUGAUUGAACUCAUGAAAGCCAUGUGGUAGUAACUUUUUUAAUUACUGUUAUCAUCAUUAUUUAUAAUUAUUAUUGUUAUUAUUAAUGUUAAUGUUAUUUUUUAUCAUUAUUAUUAUUAUUAUCAUUAUCAUUAUUAUGUUAUUAUUAUUACUAUUACCGAUAUUACUAGUAUUAAUAUUCUCAUUAUCAUUAUUAUUAUUAUUACUUUUUACUUUUACAUUUUCUCAGGUACUGUAUGUAGAAAGAAAAAAGUUAUUUAUUAAGGAAUUUCUUAACAGGGACAUGAGAAAUAAGCUAGUAGAGGACUGUUCACUUGCUCUUCCAGUGCAGUUUUAGACUGAGAAGUAAAAGUAUGAUACAGACGAUAACAGUGAAGUACUCCCAGGAAACACAAGUCAGUAGACAGAAUACUCAUAAAAAACCAAGAUGCUAGAGGUGCUUUGAUGUACAUAUAUGCUGGGUUUAUGACAGCCCAAAUGUCAUGUAUAUCCUGUCUUAGGAAGUAUGUUUUUAUAGCAAAAGAUAAAAAAAACUAAAUUAUAGAGUAACCAUUAUGUAGUCAAUGUGUACUGAAGUACUUUUAUAUUUUUUAACAUCAUACCAUAGAUAAAAAAAAAAAAUCUGGAGGAUUGUAUGCAAUUCAAUCUUCCAACAUCAGACCCUCUCACUAGAUACUUACUUUUAUAUGUAAAAAAAUUCUCCUGUUUUUAUACAUUAUACAUUUUUUGUGUUCAAAUAAGUGAAUGAAUAUAGAUGUGAUAAGAGCUCCAGUUGAGUGAAUGUAAGAAUGUAAGAAAUUUAAUGAGUGCAGAUUCACAUUAGCAGGUGGGUAUUGCGGAUAGAGACAAUUUUCUGACUUGUGUGCUAUGAUUUCCUUUUGAAUUGUUUUCGUAUUGGAAUUGAGUAAGAUGCUGCUAUGUGGUAUGAAAAUUAAAUAUGCUGCAUUCUGAAUGAAAGACUCCCCAGUCAGUCAUGCUGUAUUUAACACACCUUUGACAACUCAGGUAUGUCUAAGCAGCUUACAGAAGAGUUGUAUUCAUAUGGUUGAAGAGAAGAACAUAUCACUAUAUUUUUUCUUUGCAUUAGUGUGAUUGUUUCAACUGUUUACCAAUGAAGGUACAUUUUCUCACUUGCAAAUAGCUGAAAUCAAGGCCUAAACUGUAGUAGGUAGUAAUAACUGCUUGUUUAGGAAAUGCAUUGAAUUGAAUGAACAGUUUUUAUCAUCAUAAUUUGUAGGCUAUGGAACUAAUUGUCUGCUCUGAACUUUUUGCCACACUUGUAAAAAAUUGUAAUGCAUGAUGUGGCUUCAGAAAAGCAAACAUCGAGAAGGUAGUGCCAUGUGCCGAGGAAAUUCCAGUAUUCAUAUGAAACUGGGUUGUAAAUGGAUUUUUAAUAUAAUAGUGUUUGAUAAUUCUUUCAAAGAUACAUAAUUUCAAAAUAAUCUGAGUAUUCAUACUGCAGGUUCAGAUGGGGCUCUGUAUUGUAAUAUUAAUGGUGGACACAUUCUGUAAAAAAAAAUAUGUACUUUUACUAAAACAUGACAGUAGAUAUAAUUUAAUUGUGAUAAAGCUCUCUUAUUUAUGAAAUGCCAGUUUAAGAA